UAAACAAUUAUUUGUUAUUAAUAAUAUUAUUUGUUGCUAACAACAAUAUUUUUUACAGAUACCUUACUUUUUUAUCGUUCCGGCUGCUGUAUUAUCCGAUUCUUGUGUGUUGGUUGGUAUAUCGGAAGCUUUAGUGCAAGAUGUUCGAAGAAAAACUUAUAGCAGAGAUUGAAAAACACAACUGCUUGUGGGACAAACGACAGCUUAGUUACCGCGAUCGGGUGAAGAAAGAUUUGGCUUGGCGAAAUGUAGCUGCUGCUGUGGGACAUCCUGAGGAAAACUGCCGAAAGCGAUGGAAAUCGUUAAGAGACCGAUAUGGAAUAGAAUUGAAGGUUGAUCAACAACCUAGCGGAAGUGCUGCGUCGUUUUUGAAAGACACGGUCACGCCCAGACAGACAACAACAAACAUCGUCUCCCAAACGCCAGAAGUUCUCGGACAAGAACCAGAUAUACUGGAUACUUCCUUUGGAUUCCAAAUAGGCGAGAGUGGGAACAUUAUAAUAGAAGAGCAAGAAACCACUGCCCCAACGCCGGCUAAGAGACAAAAGAAAAAAAACGAUGAGAACGCCGCCUUUAACGAUCUAGUCAACGAAGUAAGUCAGUUUGUGGAUAGUCAAAAAAAAACACACAACAAUUUCUUGGGUGCGAUUGGCGAAGUGUUUGAGAAGGUCCCAGAAGAGAGCCGCCUAGAUUUUCAAAUGGACGUACUUCAAUACGUCUAUGCUCAAUAUAAAAAUUAUAAAAAUUGAAUUUACGAAAUUUAAAAAUUUAAAUGACAUCCAGUUUGAAUUCAAUUUUGCGAACUUUAUAUGUAAUCUAAUUUAGUAUGAAAUCUGAUUUUGAUUUUGCGAAUUAAAUAUGUAAUCGAAUAUAUAUGUAAUAUAUAAUAUAUAUAUGUAAUGUAAUAAUAUGUAAUAAAUAUGUAAUCGAACCUGAAAGAUGUGACGACAUUUAAAACAUUACCAAUAAGUGCCCUCAUACUGUGAGUUCAAAUUUUUGUUUUCUAUCUUAAAUAAUAAAAACAAAGCAUAUUCAGUGAGUAGUAAUUAUUUAAAUUUUAUUGUUAAAAAGAUGUGUCUUCAGAGCAUCCCUUAAAUCAUAAUUAUUUGAACUGCCUCGGUUCGAUGACACCCUACUUAUUGAGGGCAAUGGAACUACUUCGUUUCGCCAUGAGCCAGCGAUGAUGGCAUCCUCUUCGUAGCGAUCAACAAAAUCGCUUGCUACAUAGUUUGCACACGAAAGCUUAAUAAAAUUAUGCAAGACAAUACAAGCUUUCACUAUUUGUUCUGCAUUUUUCGGGGCCAUGCAUAGCGUCGUUCUCAAUAUUCUCCAUUUGGCAGUGAGUAUUCCAAAUGCGUUUUCUAUAACUCUUCUUGCACGAGAGAG